CCACCUGUUGGAAAAGGAGACGAGGAAAAAUGUAUUUGUAGAUGCCACUUAAGGGAAAGACGUUUUGUUCUGGAAAAAGAACGGGUGGGGGCCGAGCACCUGGAGCCAUUUUAGGGGGAGUCUAGGAAGCGAGCUUCCUCGCGUUCCUCCACCUCUUAGGUCACGAUUACUGGAGAUAUGGCCACUCCAGCUCUCCCCAACCCCGAGCCAUCACCUGGCCCCGUCCAAAGCCCAUUGCAUCAGCUGCGCCUACAGCUUCCGCCCGCGCCCUACCUGCCAACCCUGGGCAAGAGGGGGGGGGAAGGAACUAGAAACUUUAUUCCAAUUCCCUUCUCUUUUCCCAACUUCCCCUCCCACUCCGGAUCCUAACUAGGCUUUAGACGCCCCACAGUGACUGCACCCUCUAGAAACCAGAGAGGCUCCCGCGACAUGGCCGUAGCAGGUGAGCCACCCCACCUGGCUCACCUGCGACAAGUCCUUGCUGCAGCUUGCCGGCUCCUCCCCAGCGCUCCUGCCCUGGGGUUCGGAUUACCUGCGCCGACUCACUCGCGGAAACGUAGAAGCCCUGGGGGACCGGGAGGGGCGCCCUGCCGCACCCUGAGACUUCUAGGACGAGUUUGCAGGUGUGGGCUCCGCAGUGCCUCCUCUCCCAGCGCGGACCGGGGCGAAGCUAGUCAGCGGGGAAGGACGCAUUUCUCCCCUUCCCGCCCCGCGCGGCUGCGUAGCGCCCCAAGAAUUGAAGAUGGGGCUGGGGGCAAUGCCUGUUCACGCUCGCUGCUGUACAAGCCCUCACGCAGAUCUCCCGGAAGGUGGAACACGAAGAGGAAAGCAGAAGGAGGUAGCUGGGCUUCCCGGAGUCCGCAGCUCCCGUUCGGGCCGGGCGAGCAACAAGCGCCGGAGCGGGAGGGACGGGAUUGUAGAUCCGGCUCUGGGCUCCGGGGCGGGAGCGCAGCCCUUGGCAUUUAA